CGGAUACGUAACGCCACGAAAAAGUGCAUUUGCCAUGGGGUACUACAGCGUCGACGAGUUGCUAGCGGAAGAGGAGCGCGUGCAGUGCGUGUUCCAGACCGAGGCGGCUGGAUGUGGUUACAUGGAUCCUUCUACGGAAGGCGACGAUAUCCUGCAAAACACAAAGCUGGAGCUGCCGGUGUGGCUGGCGACGGCGUUGGCGAAACAUGGAACCGUCGACGUGCUUGUCCCUACAUGCCUCAGUGUACGCUAUCGCAAUGUGAUCAAAGCAGGUCCGUCGGCGGCGAAUCUGCGCGACAUGAAUCCAUUCUUUUUCGAGUUGGGGAAGGCCGUGCUUCCGCUGUUGACGAACGAGGCCGACGCCCAAGAAAUCGAAGACAUCUUGCGUGUGGCCUUCGGCGGCGAGCGGUACAAGCAGAUACUGGACCAGUCCAUGAACUCGUACGACGAAGACACGACGGAGUUUACACGAAAGCUCACCGAGUUUGAAAAGGACCUGUACGCUGCGGGAGUCAACGACGCGCAGGACUUUCUUCGGUGGCGGGAGCGCAAGAACGACAUCAUCGAAAGCGCCAAGGUCACUCAAAUCAAGAAACGCAAGCGCAAGCACAUUUAAGCUGAAACGUUACUAGUUAUUCACGCAUAUUCAGUCGUCGUUGUUGUGACAAGCCACCACCGAUCGUCAUGUCGACGGAUUUGAUCGUCGAGUCUCGCCCAGUCAAUUAAUCAAUUUGUAUCAAAUUGACAAUAUACCAUGGGAAUAAGACUUUUAUAAUUUCAUUCAUUUGACGGAA